CUUAGAAACUUUCCAACACUCUUGCCGGCAGCGUCACUUGCAAAUUUCGAAAAUUGCCAAUUUUCACGUUGAAAUAAGAUAUUUUGCAAACCGAGAAGCUUAAUUGCAUAGAAAAUGGCUGCCGCUAUCGAUGGUGUACUCCCAGGCACAUUGCAGGAGCUGGUGAAAAAGUCCAAGGUGCUGGUUGUGGGCGCCGGCGGCAUCGGCUGCGAGGUCCUCAAGAACCUUGUGCUCAGCGGCUUUCACGACAUUGAAAUUAUCGAUCUGGACACCAUUGACCUGAGCAACCUCAAUCGUCAAUUUCUAUUUCAUCGCGAACACGUCGGCAAGUCAAAGGCCCGUGUGGCACGGGAAAGUGCAUUGAGCUUCAAUCCGGAUGCAAAGAUUAUAGCGCACCAUGACAGCGUCACAGCCUCCCAGUAUGGCGUAAGCUUCUUCCAGAAGUUCGAUGUGAUCCUCAGCGCUCUGGACAAUCGUGCUGCUCGCAAUCAUGUGAAUCGCAUGUGCCUGAAUGCGGAGGUUCCUUUGAUCGAGAGUGGCACCUCGGGCUACAAUGGACAAGUGGAGCUGAUCAAGCGGGGUCUCACCCAGUGCUACGAGUGCACGCCCAAGGAGAAGCAGCGCACAUUUCCCGGCUGCACCAUCCGCAACACUCCCUCGGAGCCCAUCCACUGCAUUGUGUGGGCCAAGCAUCUCUUCAAUCAACUUUUUGGCGAAUCGGUGGACGAUGAAGACAUUUCGCCAGAUGCUGCCGAUCCGGAUGCCCAGGGGCCGCCACAAGAAGGAGACGCAGAUGCAGCUGUAGGUGGAGACGGUGACGGCGAUGCGAAGAAGCCAUCGGAGGCGGAGGAGGAGGACGCCACCAACGGCAAUGUUGUGCGCAUCAACACCCGCCAGUGGGCCAAGGACUGCGACUACGAUGCCGGGCAGCUCUUCAACAAGUUCUUCGAUGAGGACAUCAACUACUUGCUGAAAAUGUCCCAUCUCUGGACGUCGCGCAAGCCUCCAGUGCCCGUCUCCUGGGAUACGCUUGUGCCCGAGGGCACCACCGAUGUCCAGCCAGAGUUUGCACGGCAGCAUCACAAGGUGUGGACCGUGGAGGAGUGCGCCCAUGUCUUUGCCAAUGCGCUGAAGGAUCUGGCUGCAGCCUUCCUCAAGCAGGAGGCAGAGGGAGAGACGCUUGCCUGGGACAAGGAUGACCAGCCGGCCAUGGACUUUGUGGCCGCCUGCGCCAACGUGCGCUCCUACAUCUUCAACAUUGAGCGCAAGUCCAGAUUCGAAAUAAAGUCGAUGGCUGGGAACAUUAUACCCGCCAUUGCCACCACAAAUGCCAUCACUGCUGGCAUCUCUGUGCUGCGAGUCUUCAAUGUGCUGCAGGCCAAAUGGGAACAGUGCAAGGCUGUCUAUGCUCGCCUUCGGCCCAAUGCUCGCGGCCAGUUCCUCGUGCCAGACGCCUUAUUGGCAGGCCCCAAUCCCAAUUGCUAUGUCUGCGCCCUGGAUCCGGCCAUCACGCUGCGCAUUGACACGAAGCGUGUGCACAUGAAGGAGCUGCGCGACGAUGUGCUGAUCAAAACACUCAACAUGCUGCAUCCAGAUGUGAAUAUGAUGGGCACCGCCACUAUUCUGCUCUCCUCGGAGGAGGAUGAAACGACAGAGAACGACUCGAAGCUGCUGCACGAACUGAACGUUGUUGACGGCACAAUCCUCAGCUGUGACGACUUCCAUCAGAAUUACAAUCUGAGCAUAAUUAUCUCACACUUCAAUGCAGAGCGUGAUGAUCCGCUCUUCGAGGUGGUGGCCGAUGCCAAGCAGCUGCAGCCCACAAAGGAGCAGCCGAAGAAGGAAACAGCGGAGGAGGAAGCCGACAAGGCAAAGGAGGAACGAAAACGUUCAGCGAAUGGUGCAGAUGAUGGUCCCUCCACCUCGAAACGUAGUCGCCCCACCGAGAUAGAAGACGACGACGACGAUGACUGUCUGGUGAUCGAGGAGGAUAACGAUGAGGAUGUCAUGAUCGUGGCCACAGAUAACCUUUCCGUGGAGAGCACUCCCAAGACGGCCAUCAAGCGCAAGCCCAGCGAAGCUAUGGAAGAGGAGGAGGAUAUCACAGAGAUUCUGGAUUCGUCCGACGAGGAUGCAGCCGGCCCAACAAAAUGCAAGCGUUCCAAGAUCGAACCCUCCGACCUGAAAAUCGAUCCCCUAAUGGAAGUCAUCAAUAUUGAUUGAACAGUGCACAAUCAAUCGAAUAUUUCCGUUUAAGCAUAUACUCUAACAAGUUCCAUGGAAGAUAACUGUAUGAAAGGCAUUUUACCGAUUCUAUGAAUAACAAUUUUACUGCGAAUAACUUAAAGGCU